AUGGCAUCCAAGAACUUGUACAAGCUGUCGCCUUCUUUGAGCCACCUGCUCGGCAAGAGCGAGCUCACUCGUCCGGCCGCCGUUAAAGAAUUUUGGGCCUACGUGAAGCAGCAUGAGCUGCAGGAUCCCAAGGAUGGGCGGGUGAUCCACCCGAACCAGGAGAUGAGAGACGUCUUUCGAGUGGACCAGAUUGGCCUUACGCAAGUGAUGGGACUAAUAUCCAAGCAUCUUGAGAAAAAGUCUGGACAAGCAAACCGCACGUGA